UUGAUUGACUAUUCUUUGAUUAUUAGGGUUAAACAUCUUGAAUAAAUAAUUGGGAGUAGAAUAUAAGUUUUAACUUAACAUAUAUUAUGUCUGACGAACCAAGCGGCGCCCAAGCUUCCGUUGGAAGUGAACCCAGUGCUGAUAUGAGAGGGAAAAUGCGAGAAGAAUGCGAGGCUAAAAUAAAACAUCUCAUGGAAAAGCACCAAGACAAAGUUGAAGAAAUAAAGACGGAACAUGAGGAUGAGAUGAAAUCACUCCGCGAGAGUUUCGAACGUGAUUUUAAGAACAAGGAAGACAUGAAAAAGAAGAUCGAGGACUUGGGAAACAAGGAUUUGCCCAAGGAAGACCUGAUGGCUGAAUUGAUGGAGUUGAUAAAAGAGUUUCCGAAAAAUACAGAUUUUUGUGAUAAACUGGAAUCUAUGUUGGAAAAGGCUGGAGUGAAAGUGGAAGAUGUGGUUAAAGCAGCAGAGGAAGCGUGUGGAACCGAAAGUCCAGAUUUCGAUUGGGUCCUGCCAUUGAUAAUCAUGAUCGCAGCUUGUGGAUGUGUGGCUAUUAUAUCGCCUUUCCAAUUCCUGGUACAAGCAAUCGGUGUUGUGAUUGCCAUUGUUGGAAAUUUUCUGGUAGAUGAAGUUGAGUCGGGAUUGGCCACCGUAUCUGCUGAUAAACUCAAGUGAUUUUAAUUGUGUUUAUUUAGGCGCUCCCGGAACAAAGUAUGUGUACCAGGUUAGGGUUAAACCAUAAUUUUAUUCCAAUUUGCCUUAUUUUAGUUCUAUUACGAGUUCGGGGACUAGCCAAGUUACCCCCGUAGUAUUUGUACCUGAUAUUAUGGCCUAAACCUAACAUGGUACACAUACUACGUACCGGUGUCCGCCAUAGUUUACUUUGAUCAAAAGAGCGGAUUGUAAUUUUAUCUCUUUUCACCCUUCCGAGUAAUUAUCAAAACCAUAAAUCUACUGCAAACAAUUACUAAUCCCUGUAAAGUAUUGAAAUUGUGUUUAUAGUAAUUCAUUUUCCAUUCAUUUAUAUUAAUGAUAAAUUUGAACAUCAGAGACUCUUGAACGCACUGUAACAGAUUUAACAGCACAAAUAAAUGAACAGGCGGCUCAAUGUGCGUCAGUAUUGCUUGCAAUAUUUUUUAUCAAUAAUCUAUCUACUUUCAGUAUACGCGAAUUUGCUCUGAAAAAUUUGAAUGAAAAAAAUGCUCAUAUUCAGUUUUAGUUGCGCCAAUCAUUUGGUUUCUGCGAGUCUAACUACUUAUCCUUAUUUUUGUUAGUGUGCAACAAAACUCCUGAUCACUUGGGUCAAUUUGAGUUGACGUUGUUUUCGCCUUAGAAUAUCGAAUAACCAAGUGAAAUCUUUGCUAAUAUUAACCCCUUCACCACCAAGCAUCAAGUUUAUUCAAACUGUUUAAUAUGCUAUCAAGAGUCUUUCGUGUUCAAAAGAAUUAUAUAAUGACUUAGGUAUAUAUAUUUCAAUUCUGCCUAUUACAUUUGUGCAGUUAUGAAUCAUUUAGCGAGAAAUUACAAAUUUCUGAAUAAAAACUUUAUAAAUCAUUCUCAAAGCCAAGAAUUACAAUAUGUCGAAUAUUAACAAUUUCAAAAGCAUUCAAUUAUUUGAUUAGAUUUUGGCAUCUCUGUGUCCAUCCAUACCUUAUGUGUAGUUUUUUCCCUGUAGUUUUCAUUUUGAAUGUAUAUUACUUAUUAAAUGUAUCAAUUUUAUCGUAACUGAUUGGUAGUUAAUAAAUUGGAAAAAGACUA